CAUAAUAUUUGUCCAUGCACAAAAUGUAUAACCAUAAAAAGAAGAAGAAAACCUCCAAGUCAAAUAUUUUUCACUAAUUUUUCUUGAUUCUUUUCUAGAAUACUAACCACCAAUAACUUAAAAAAGCAGUUUGUCAACAACAUUCAACGACUAUUUUUAGCUGCCUUCUCUCACAAGUCACUAUAUAAAUUAACCUUUUGGAUUCAUUAGCAAGAAACAACACAAAUCAUUCUUUACCUUCAUUAAAAAAACUCACUAAUUAAAUUACCUUUUGAUUCAUUAGCAAGAAAGAACAGCACAAAUUCAUUCUUUACGUUCAUCAAAACCAUGACGAAAGAAAACCCUUCAACCCUAAAUCUCGGACAACCUACGACGCAAGAAAAGUAUUCCACAAGUUUAGCCAAGAUCAACCCUAAACCCUCCGAUGGCUCUACCGUUGAAUCGAAGAGGCAAGACCAUAACUCACCGAGUUUAAAACGUUGGAGAUCGUCCUCCGGUAAACCGACGAGGCAAAAUUGUCUAUGUUCUCCGACGACACACGCCGGUUCUUUCAGGUGCAGGUACCACCGCGUUGAUUCGUUGACACGUGUCGGGUCUAUUGGGUCGAACCUCGCGGUGUUGUUGUCAUCCAAGUCGAGCCGGUUUAGUGACUCCCUCAAGGCUCAGUAAACCGGUUAUUGAAUUUGUUCGGUAUAAUAAUUAUCGGUUUUGUUAUUUGUUUGUUUCUUCUACUUCUUCUAUUGACAAAAAAGACAUUGUUCAAUAAUGUAAUACUAAACCGAUUGAAAUCGGCUUAAACCGAUUCAAAGGUAAACUUUAUAUUAUUUUCACCUAUUUGAUUCAUAUUUUAGCCUUUAUUGCAUAUAUAUUUUAUAU